AUGGUCAUAAACGACAUCACUGAUUUUCCUUGCAAUGCGACAUGGGUGGAUGAGUUGUUUUUAGGAGUCGAAUACGGAAAAGGGUCGACUAAUUCAAUAGGUCCGGCGCUUUCUUCUAUAAAACUGCCAUCCGAGGAGGAGCGUGAUUUGCUGGAUUAUUUUUUCCUUCCUGCUUGGUCUCCGGGAGACUUCUUAGAAAAUAGUUUGAUGCGAAAUCAAGGCUUAUUUGAUAUUUUUAAUUCUUCUUUGUCACCCCUACGGGCUACUGAUGAACCAAAGAUCAAUGAGACGGCAGCGACAGUCAGUGAAAUACCAGAUAAAGAAACGCACGCAUAA